AUGGUGCGUGCUGUGAUCUGUGAUCUCCGAUCUCCGAUCUUUGAUCCCUGUAACGCAUUCCUUAGCCUCGUUUUGACCACUUGCAUGCUGGCAUUGGCUGCCGCCGAUGUCUCGCAUUUGCCGCUGGAGCUGCUCGAGGAGCAUUCGGGUCAAGAGCACGGCUAUGGCUAUGACUACCCCAAGCCGGUGGUGCCCUUUGUGAUUACCAGCACCACAACAACAACGACGACACCAGCACCCACACCUGCACCAACUUAUCUGCCACCUCCACCACCAACACCUGUGCCAACCUACUUGCCACCACCACCACGCACCACGACAACCACCACAACGACGACACCUGCACCCACACCUGCUCCUACUUACCUGCCCCCUCCACCACCAACAACCACCACGACAACAACCACAACUCCAGCUCCAACACCUGCUCCCACUUAUCUGCCUCCUCCACCACCCACCACAACCACCACCAGGAGAACCACAACACCUGCACCCACACCUGCUCCCACCUAUCUGCCACCCAUUGUUGUCGAGGAGGAGCUGCCCGUGCAUGGCUAUAGCUAUGAGGCACCCGCCGAACCUUUUAUAUUCUAA